AUGGCUAAAGACCGAAUGAAAGAUUUAAAAAACUCUAUUCCUAAAUCUGAUGCUUCCUAUCAACAACUUCCACAAGUUCAAAACCAUAAUACACUAAAUAUUGUCGAUGAUUGCGGCAUUCCCCUUACUAGUAUUGAUAUAGAUAAAGAACAUAAGGUGUCUGAAUUUUUAGAUCGAAUAAAUUCACUUCGAGAACGUAUUGAUGAAAUCAAAGUACUUACACGAGAUGUCAAAAAAAUUUACGAACGAAUGCGCCAACCUGAACCUGAUCCUGAACUUGAAAAAAAACUUGUUGGUAAAAAUGCUGAAAUAAAAAAAUUAAGAGAUGAUAUUAGAACAGAACUACAAAAACUGAAACAGGAGUAUCAAUUUCAAAAUGAAACCCAAGAAAGUGCUCAAUGGCGAAUACGAACAGUUCAAAUACUAAAGAAAACUGAGGAGUUUUAUGAAAUUAUGAACCAAUAUUAUCAAGAAUAUUGUAAACAUCGAGACAAAUGUGAAAAAGCUGUGUUGCGUGAAUUACGGAUUACUGGCAGGCGAACAACUCAAAGUGAACGAGAUGAAAUAGUUGUAAAAAGAAUGCAAGGAGAAGAUAUUAUUCCCGUUAUAGUUGAUAAAGAAGAAAUUAGACAACAAGCCAUUUUUAUCGAAGAACGUUAUCAUGAUAUACAGAGGCUUGAAAGUACUAUUGUAGAAUUACAUGAUAUGUUUGUUGAUUUCACUGAACUUAUUUCAACUCAAGGUAAAAUGAUUGAUAAUAUCCAACAGUAUGUAUUGAACUCAGCUGAUCAUACUGAAAAAGCAGUAAUAAACAUUGCGAAAACAACAAAGAUUAAAGAAAGCACUAGUAAUAAAAAAAUUAUUGUGUGUAUUAUUGUAAUUGUUGUUAUCAUUAUUCUUAUUCUCAUUUUUAUUGCUUAUCAUACAACUCAAAAGAUAAUAUUAGGAAGAUAA